AUGAUGAGCUCGGAAGCUGUCUUGGCGAGCUUGGAGGAAGUCUUGAUGACGAGGUCGGAAGCUGUCAUGGUAAGCUUGGAAGAUGUUUUGAUGACGAGCUUGGAAGCUAUCUUGGUGAGCUUGGAAGCUAUCGGAGCUAGCGAAGCUGCGAGCUAG